AUGAAGACUCAGGUCGGACUUCAAAACAAUGACAUCGACUCAAUGGAAACUGAGAAUUAUAAACAGAAUGAGGAGAUCCUCAUUGAUGACGCCGAUGAAGUGAAAGACCUCUCGACUAAAGCUCCGGCCAUUGAAGAGUUGGUGCCUAAGUUGUCACUCGAAGACAUUGGCUUUCCCGGUUUUCUUUCCGAUGUCGUCAUACUAGGCGAAUGCAUUACCAUCAGCAAGUCGGCGAAAAAUGACGCCGACAUUCAAAAGGAUUGCUCCAUUUUGGAUUGUCCAUCUCAGGUGGUGCCUUUAAUCAUCAAGAAAGCCAACAGCUUUCCUCCAAAGCUGAAAAAUGAAGCGGAUGACAAGUCGGGUGUCAAUCCACCGGGCAUGGCGCCUAAUCAGAAUCCAAACAACAAAAACAUGCUGACCAUUUCUGACUUCUACUCGAGUUCUGUGGGCAAGUUCUUAAUAGGCAUCGGCUUGAGUCGAGUAAAGCAGUACUACCACAAGGAUGCCAUUAACAAACUGCGCAAACAAAUCCGCAAAGAGGGAGAAGCCGAGGAUUUGGUUGAGGAAGUGAAGAAGCAGCAAGAGUACCUCAAUGCCUGUCGAGCGGCAAAUUCCUCUUACCUCUUCCCAACUGAAAAGUGCGAGCACUGCGAAUUCCGAACCGAAUUCAAGUCGGUGCUUAACAAUCACCUGCUGUACCCACACAUGACUUCGAGAAAAGAGUACAAAUGCAAUCAGUGCCAGUUUUCCACUCGCGAUGCAAAGACCAUCACUGGACACGUGAACGUAAUGCAUGAAAAGAAGUGCUUGAUCGAGUUGCCACCUCAGCUUUACGAGUGUCCCAUUUGCCCCUACGAAUCUGGCGUCAAAUCGAAGGCAGCCACUCACAUUGCCAAGUGCUUGAAGUUUUUCGUUCCGGAGAAACUGCUUGUAAAUAAGGAUGACUACUUUCCAACGAUCACCCCUAAGCCGAUUACGAAGGAGGAUAUCAAGAUUUACGAAGCCACGCUUCAGGCGCUGCGUUUCGCUGCCCUGAAUCCGCAGAACAAAGUUCCUUCGAUUCCUGGCCUUCCUGCUGGUUUGCAGCAACAAAUGUAUUCCAUUCAGCAGCAGCAACCACGAGCCGGACCUGGAAGACCCUCAAAGGCGCCUUCUAACAAGGUGCGUCAGCUCACUCAGUCAGCCUUCAUGAUGAACCCAAUGAACGUCAAAAAUCUCUCGCCUCAACUGUACCAGAUGCUCUCCAAUGCUCCUCAUGGUCAAUUUCUGCAGAACUCUGCUGCUGCCAAUCUGAACAACUUACCUCAGAAUGCAAUUAACAACCUCAUGAGCAAACACCAGCAAAUACUGAAAAUGAACUCCAAUUCGGCAAAUCGGGCCCCUCCGAUGAACUCAAACAACUCGAAUAACAAGCACAGUAGCAUGAUUGCAAAGCAACAGAAUAAUGGCAACAGUGCCGCGGCAAACACCAAUCGAAACGAUCCUGCUAAUCAGAAAUCAGGCAAUUUUGUCAUGUGUGAAAUCUGUGACGGCUACAUCAAGGAUCUUGAUCAGUUGCGUACUCACAUGCACUGGAUCCAUAAGGUACGAAUUCACCCCAAAAUGCUGGCUAACCGACCACCGCUGAACUGCCAAAAGUGCCAGUGGCGAUUUUUCACUGAUCAGGGUCUUGAGCGUCACUUGCUCGGCGCCCACGGUCUGGUCACCUCAAACAUGCAAGACAUGGUCAAUCAGAACCAAGACGGCGGCCGAUGCACUAUUUGCGGCCGAGUCUUCACUAACAAACUUGUUACUCACAUGAACCAGGUUAAUCUCAAACCUGCUCACCUCUCCUACAAGUGCACUGUCUGCUCUGCUACAUUCAACCUUUAUCGUCUCUUUGAGAAUCAUGUGUACAUGGUUCACAGUGGUGCGGUGAAGCGAAACUCCAAUGAAGACGGUGUUGGUCAGCCGCCACGCAAGAAGGCUGCCCUGGAUCCAAUGGUCGCUGCCGCUAAUGGCAAUUAA